AUGGAAGAUAUGGAUGACAGGACCAGCAUUACGAGGUCUAGGAGCUCUUAUUUAGAUGCCGAGUCACCUGGCAACUCGACAAAUGAUUACGAAGAAUUUGAAAUGCAAAAUUCAGUCAAUUCUGAAACUCUGAGUGUUAAUGAUGUAUUAGAAUUACUACAACACCAAUAUGCCAUUAUCUCAGGUGGAAAAUCAAAAGAAGGCUGUCCCAUUAUUACGUUUCCUGAUAACAAUAAUUUUGAAACAUUGUCUGAUUUAGAAUAUCAACGUUUAAUGAUGUAUUUAACAUCUGUGCCUUCCCUUCAUGACGCUGAUUUGGGCUUCCAUUUAAUCAUAGAUAGGCGGAAUGACAAGUGGAAUUCCGUAAAAACAGUUCUUCUAAAAAUAUCUGUCUAUUUUCCAGGCCUAAUCCACGUUGUUUACGUCUUAAGGCCGGCUAGUUUUUUACAAAAGGCCUUAUCGGAAGUAAGCAAUAAAUUAUUCAAAGAUGAAUUCAAAUUUCGUAUGAUCGUUUUAAGUACAACUGAAGAAUUGCAAAAAUAUAUAAAUAGCCGGCAGCUAACUCCAGAUCUAGGUGGAAGUCUAAAUUACAAUCACGAGGACUGGAUACAUCAAAGGACUGAGCUGGAAGCGUUUUCGGCUGUCACCCAGCAGGUUUCCAGUGCUUUGGAUAGCUUUACCAAAACAAUAGAAGAGAUUGAAUUGCCAAAUGACGUAGAAUCUACAGAAAAUUUGUUAGAAAAACAUAGUUUAAUAUACACCGAUCUUAAGAAGGAUAUUUUAUCAGCUGCGAAACAUGGAGAAAACCUAUUGACUACUAUUAAGGAAAAAAACAGUUAUACAUACGACGAGGAGUACUAUUCUGUUAAUGAUGCUUGCGGAAAUGUUUUUGCCGUAGAAAGGUUACUAGUACAGUUAGAAGAAACCGAAAGGACAUUCGACGAAUUUUGGCAGAAUCAUUCUGUGAAACUGAGGCACUGCCUGGAAUUGCGAAGGUUCGAACAGGACUUCAGGGAAUUGCAAAUCAACUUCGAAUCGAAUUUAAAAAUUGUGUCGGAAAUGACUGAAAGCGGUGACAGCAUUGAAAAAGUAGAAAGCCUGAUGAAGCAAGUGAAGGCUUUUGAAAAAUUGUGUAGUGCUGAUAUUGAUAGAGCUGAAGAAGUUAUUUCUACCGGGCAGCAUCUUAUAAGUAUCAAUUCUUGUCCUAUAGAGUCCGUGGACCCCAAGUGUACAGAACUUAUUAGAGUUAGGAAUUUGUUGUUAGAGCGCCUAACAAAACGGAUGGAAUUGCUAGAUUUAACGAAAAUAUUGAUGGAGAGAGUAGACAAUGCAAAUAAAUGGUGUGCUAACGGACUGGAACUAUUAGCCACUCAAAAAAUCGAACAGUGCGCCACAUCGUUUGAAUUGGCCGAAAAGUAUUUAAAAGUGAUUAAAGAAUUCAUAGCGUCUUCGCAAGAAUUCACCUCGAACGGUCCUAAGGAUUUCAGGGAUAUUUUUCAAGAAACCAACACGUUAGAAACUAAAGCGCUUAUUUCUCAAGUUGUACAAAGAAUAGAAGAUGUUACCAUGAUGUGCAAUAAACGAGUUGCAACUUUGAACAAACUAGCUGUAAAACCCAAUAGGCCCGUUCAAACAGUAACCCCAGAACCGGUUGUUCCUAGACAACCAGGAGCUCCUGCCCCACAACACAACAGAGCUGUUUUGAAAAAGGCCUUCACCAUGCCAAAAAUGAGCAAUCCAGAAAACGACAUAGAAAGCAAUAUAUUUCAAAACAAUGACAAUCAUUUGCCACAAGAAACAGAUGAAAUAAGCAACAUCAAAACGAAACACGUCUUGAACGAACUGUUUGAAACAGAAAAAAUAUACGUCAACGAGUUGUACACCAUAUUGAAGGGUUACAAGGAGGCUGCUCAACAUGAAGCCCUUCAGAUUCUUUUACCAGCGGACGCCGAAGACAAAUUCAAAGUCAUUUUUGGAAAUCUGAAUGACAUUUUUAAUUUUCAUUCCGAUGUGUUUUUGAAAGAUUUAGAAAAUUGUAUUUCGUCACGAGAGUUGGUUGCAUUAUGCUUUUUACAAAGGAGAGACAUGUUCUCCCAGUUGUACAGCUUUUACUGCCUAAACAUCGCCAAGUCUGAACAAAUAAGAGAAUCAUCAACGGAUCUACAACCGUUUUUUCAUACUUGCCAGCAACAGUUGGGCCACAAAUUACCUUUAGCUGCUUAUCUACUCAAACCAGUGCAGCGCAUAACCAAAUAUCAACUCCUUUUAAAAGACUUACUUAGAUAUUCCAAUGAAGACGACUGUGGUGCGGAACUAAAACAAGCUCUAGACUGUAUGCUUGUCGUAUUGAAAGGUGUUAAUGACAGUAUGCACCAAAUAUCGAUCACAGGCUUCCCCCUAGAUCUAUCACAACAAGGCGAGCUCUUACUGCAAGGUUCAUUUUCCGUAUGGAUAGAAAAUAAACGAGACAUUCGGCUGAGGCUCAAGCCUAUGCAUAUGCAAAGGCACCUUUUCCUGUACCAAAAAGCUCUGCUCUUCUGCAAACCUAUAUCCAAAUCCAUGCAUAACAAAGCUACUUAUCAGUUCAAACAUUACCUACAGAUGUCUCAGAUCGGUCUGACAGAAUCUGUUAGAGGCGACCCUAAAAAGUUCGAGGUAUGGUUACAAGCCAGACAAGAAGUUUACACCAUUCACGCCAGCAAUCUUGAAAUUAAGCAAACUUGGGUCAACGAAAUCAAAAAGGUCCUCUUUAACCAGCUGGAGGAAAUUAAAGGCGAAAAAAUUCGACAAUAUGCAGCUCUAUCUCACAAACCUCUUAGGCAGACGACUUCAUGGGAGAAACAGAAAAAUACAGUUUCAGUUGUACCUAUAAUAACGCAUCAUAGAGCAAUGAGUUGCGAUUCCGAUAACUCUUCUCAUGGAAAUGAAGAACUGUCUAACGAUAUUGAAACCGGAAAUUGGUCUUCUGAUUGUAGUAAUAGUGAUGAUGAAGAUCAUAAUUCUCCGAAUGGACGGUAUGUUGCCCUCGCUGACUAUUGUGCUAUUGGUAACAGCGAAGUUAACAUGAAAGAAGGGGACGUUGUUGAAUUGCUUAAAGUUGGCUGUGCAGGAUGGUGGUUUGUUAGAAUGAUUGGAACAAAUACAGAAGGUUGGGCUCCAGCUGCGUAUCUAGAAAACCAACAUUUUAAAAAUUCCCGUAGUAGUAGCAGUAGGAGUCAUGAUAAGUUGAACCUUUAG